CACCAAUCAAUAUAUCUAUCAGUGAAACAGCAGCAACUAACUAUCUUCACCGUCUCGUCAUUACUAAACUUAGCACCUAAGACGAUAACACCUACACAUCCACACAAGCUUACAUUGUUAAAACUCUCUUCGAAAGAUCAGAAAACAUAGACAGGAAAGGGUCAAUGAUCUGAAUGAGCCCAACUUGAGCUCGUCAAUCGAGCAUGUCAGCAAACAAAGCUGCCCGUGUGGGCGAAGAGAUUUGGAAGGGUCGCAUCGAUAAAGUCAAUGCCGAGCUUGUCACCUUGACUUACGGCACCAUAGUCGCGCAGCUGUGCAAAGACUUCGAGGGUGAUUAUGUCGAAGUCAAUAAACAACUGGAUAGAAUGGGUUACAAUAUUGGCCUCCGAUUGAUCGAGGACUACCUGGCUAAAUCUAAUACUAUGAGACGGUGCUCUAAUUUUCGAGAGACAGCCGACAUGGUCGCGAAGGUCGGCUUCAAGAUCUUCCUUAACAUUACGCCGACUGUAACGAAUUGGACAAGCGAUAGCAAACAAUUCUCGCUUGUAUUCGAAGAGAACCCUUUAGCCGACUUCGUCGAGCUUCCCGAUGACGGCCGAGCGCAGGACGAAUUGUGGUAUUCGAAUAUAUUCUGUGGUGUAUUAAGAGGAGCGCUCGAGAUGGUGCAGAUGCAGGUUGAAGCGCACUUUAUCAGCGAUGUGCUACGAGGGAACGAUACUACCGAGAUGAGGAUAUCUCUAAUCAGGUAUAUCGACGACGAGUUACCACCAGAGGAUGACUAGUACGCCCACUUGAGGACAUGUAUAAUUAAUAGGUGGAAUAUGCAAGGCCUGGCAGAUCUUCCAGCAGCCUAACGGGCGCGGCUUUGAUACGUGUUAAUAAUGAUACCAGCUAGAAGAUAUCUAGCGAUCCAUUAUAGGACGACAUCGGUCCCGGAUUGUCGGGGUAUUUCGGCAUCUUACACUUCAUCCAACG